AUGUAUUCCUUCAAAUCGAUCGCUCAUUUGGCAGCUACGGCAUUGGGAUUACUGGCAAUUGUCCAUGGAGCCGAAGUCCAAUCAACCGUUACAACUAUCGAUCCUGAGAUCUGCCAUUCGACCAUGAAGAACCAUCGAUGGGUUGUUACCGACGUGGUAAUGGAUCGAGAGAAAGACAACAUCGGAGUCUUAUUCAAUAUGUAUGACACUGCACCAAAUCCACAGGGAUUCGCGAACAGCUGCUAUGUCAAACCCUUUGCGAUAGACAACGACAUCGACGAAGAUGCAGAUCCAUGGAAGGACUGCUUGAUUGCCGCUCCGCCUCGCCCCAAUGAAUCGUUUCAAUAUAGUAUCGAUCGAAGACAAUGGUUUGAAGACGAUGCCGGAUGGAUCGAAGGAGUUAUUUAUUUCAAACAUGCUUGGGGAGCAUGCUACUGGGACGAAGGACGGGGGAUAGAGGAGACAGAGUGUGCAGAUCAAGGUGCUCAGAUAUUUAACAUUACAAUCGACCUCAGAGAUGGAGAAGAACGCCAUGUGGUCGGGUACCCGCCUAUGAUCCUUCAUCGCGCUCAGACACAAGCUAUAUGCAUAUCGGAUUGCGUGGAUGCAGGCUUGGUUGCAAAUGAAACAUGCUUAACUACACCUGUUGGCGGUGGUGGCGACGACGAUGAGAAUGAGCAAGAAGAGGAGGAAGAUGAGGAUAAAUUAAAUUCGAAGAUCUGCACCUUUCAGAACUAG